UACCUUACAAGAACAAGUAGAUUCUCAGUUGUUUCGUGACCUUUCACUAGCUAUCUUGAUUUAAAUGUUGUAGAGAGAACGGUUUGCGGCGCAGGAGAAUCGCAGUGUUUGUGAAGAGCACACCACAGCCCCCUUGGAUGCGUGUUUUUUUACCAUGUUGAUUAAAAUCAUCGUGAUUUGUUCGGCUUUGGCAGCUUUUGCCGAACCACAACACAAGGUCCACAAUAUUAUUUUGUACCCUGAGAAAUACUCCUGGUGCCAAACCACCCCCAUCCAACAGGUGGUGGCAUCCCCAGGAUACGAAUCCGUCACAAUUCACAAUAAUGUGUGCGUGGGGGCAUGCUAUAGCUAUAGCAUUCCUAGCACACAACCAGCCGAACCCGGGGAACUACUAGGGCCCUAUUGCGACAGCUGCCAACCUGUUGAAACCAAAUGCUAUCACGUCACUUUGCAUGCUGAUGGUAGAAACACCGAGGGCCCCAAGACGUUCCAAAAACGCGUCCAAAUUAUCCUCAAGUGUUCAUGCAUGUCGUGUGAGAAAUACCACCGUGAGGAUUGCGAAAUCACCGAUCAGACCACUCUUGAAUUGCCUCAAGACCUCUUCACUAACAAGAGUCAGGAACCCAAACCCGAGGAACCUCCCGAAUUGCUCGACCUUGUUUCAAAUAGAAAAAAACGUCCGGUAAAUCCCAAUUUCAAUAUUGCCAACACAACUAACGAACAGCGCUACCAACUUAACACGAAACUGAUAAAUUUGUUGAAAAGUAUUCAAAACGAAGGAGAGGACAGUAAUAUAAGCUACGAUAAGGAGCAGUUAAGGGACUUGUUGAAGUUGAUUGAAGGGUCUGAGGAGGAAUUGAGUGAUAAAAACUUGAUGGAGUUUGUGAAUUUUGUCAAUGUGCAUAAUUCUGAGGACUUGGAGUUGGAUUUGAGUCGACUUAAGGACGUUUUGACUAGUUUUCAGAAAACCCAGAACAUUUUAGACAAACAUAGGGACUUUGGUUUUGGCCAAAAUCAGAAAAAUAAUGUCAAAAUCGAGCAGGAUUUGAAGAAAUAUAAUCUCCCUAAAACUUUCGGCUUGGAGGAGAGUCAUAGACACCACCAUCUCGGGGACGAGGUCCAUGUGGGGCUGGACGUGGGGCAUCUCGUCAAGGGCCCCCACGGCAGCAUGGUCCUCUCCCCCAACCUCAAAGUCGAGGAGAAGCUAAACAUCGAUUCGGAUGUGUUGAAACCCAACCACGACGGCGUUGUUAUCACCUACGAGAAUCACAGGAAGGGCAACGAUAUUCUCACAAAUUAAUUCCCCAAAUUGGACAUUUCGAGAUUCUAGUCGUGUGAAAUUCAGCUUUGCCGUCGCUCUAGUAUUAGAAAAUCUUAAAUACGUAACUUUACUGUCUCUUCAAACAUACAGCUUUAAGUAGUACAAAAAGGAUUUUUGAAAAAAAUCAGUGUACAGUACAAUUAGCGUUUACUAAUCCGGACUAACAAAAUUAUUCGAUUCAAAACUGUGGUAUUUUAGCUCUUUUGUCUAAGUUAUCGAAAUUGCAAGGGCUGUGUGCUUUUUUUAGUCAAAAUAUUUUUACUUUCUUUACUUUGUUAUCAUAGUUUUAUAUAUUUUUAUGUACUAAUCUGUUUUAACGAAAUAUAAUAUAUUCCAUUUCCA